UGGGAGGUCAACUUAACUCCGAGCUCAAGGUCACCACCAACCUUUCGGCGCCAGAAUCCUAUCAGAAGCAACCACAUCGUAUGACUAAGGCGUCACAUCCUGUGCGGUUGCGGUUGCGGUCUAGGUCUUCUCAUGCUAUGGAUAAUAAUGAAAUAAUUGAAAAUGCUUACUAGAUUUUGGAAGAUUUCCUAGUAACGGUACCUUGAGUUAUAGCUUUGCCCUGUGGAGUUAUAUAUCCGACGAGCUCGGUUUUAUACUCCACAAGCUAUGAAUAGCUUGAUCCAGUCCAUCAAAUAGCUUCCAACAAAAUUUCCUUCCUUUCUCUACCAUCCAGGCAUCAUAUUCCACUCAUCAGCAUUGAGUAAUCAGCCGAAACCAUGGAAUCCUCCUCGCCGAACCCUCCCGGCGUAUCUCCAGAGAAAGGCAACCUUCUCAAACGGAUUCUAGAAGAGCUCGGCCUCGUCUCUAUGUACACCUCCUCGCGAGACGUUAAGCUGCUAUGUCUCCAACGCUUCGUCCGUAUGUUCGCGUACGGCAUAUCGACGCUCAUCCUGGUCGCAUACCUGGACGCGCUCGCCAUCCCCAAGACGGAGAUCGGCCUCUUCAUGACUCUGACACUGGUCGGAGAUACCUGUCUCAGCUUCUUCCUCACGCUGUUCGCCGACGGGUUGGGACGGAGGGCCACUCUCGCUCUCGGCGCCAUCUUGAUGGCCGCUAGCGGUGUCGUAUUCGCAUUAUUUGGGACAUAUUGGAUACUUCUUGUUGCUGCCGUCGUUGGGGUUAUAAGCCCGAGUGGAAAUGAGAUUGGGCCCUUUCGGGCUAUCGAAGAGAGCAUUGUAGCUCAGCUAACUGAUCCGAAGAAGCGGAGCGACGUCUAUGCCUGGUAUAGUCUAUUGGGACUUGUAGGCACGGCAUGCGGCUGCAUGGUUUGCGGAUGGGUUCUCCAAUACCUAACUAAGACACUCGAGUGGGACUUUAUUCGAGCAUAUCGCGCUAUUUAUGUCGGAUAUGCAGUCUUAGGUCUAGUAAAGCUUACACUAACGGUCCUUUUGAGCCACUCCGUGGAAUCGGAGAAGAAGCAGCUCCAGCGCCGUCAGAGGGACGACGAGACAAGGCCGCUGCUAGAGGGUAAUGCGGAGACUAACCCACCUCCCAAGCGUGGAUUACGUGCUUUACUCCCAGACGUCAGUAAAGAGAGCGUCCCCGCGGUCAUCACGCUGUGUCUUCUCUUCGCCCUAGAUUCUUUUGGAUCUGGGCUUGCUCCACUAUCAUGGAUUACAUACUAUUUCAAAUAUCAGUUCAACAUCGAGGAGGGAAAGCUGGGCUCCAUCUUCUUCGUGACCCAGAUACUCGCCGGAGCCUCCAUGAUCGUCGCUUCCUCCCUCGCUAAGCGGUUUGGCAAUGUGAACACCAUGGUAUUCACACACCUCCCCUCACAAAUCUUCCGCGCCCUCCUCGGCGUCCCCAGCGACCUGCACUUAGCCCUAGUCUUCCUCGUCCUAAACUCCAGCACGCAGUCCAUGGACAGCGGUCCGCGCUCCGCAUUCCUAGCCACCAUCGUGCUGCCCGGGGAACGGACGGCCGUCAUGGGCACGGUCAACGUCGUCAAAACGACAGCCCAGAGCCUAGGGCCUAUCCUGACAGGCGCCCUGGUCGAUCGGAACCUGUUCUGGGUGUCGUUCGUCGCGUCGGGAUGCCUGAAGAUAGCGUACGACAUAGGCUUGCUCGCCUUCUUCAAGGAGAAGGAGAGGGAGAGGGAACGGGCCGAGAGGCUCAGGAUCCAAGGAGAUGAGGAUUAGUAAUGGCGCGGCAACGCGGAAUGCUAAGCUGGGUCGCUCUUGGCGCAGAAACGGGUUGAUGUAGGGCGCUUAUUAAGUGAGGACCUUGUUGGGCCGGUGACGUAGAGCGAAUAGCCAGGGUAGGGCCCCAAUCUUCACCUAACUUAUAUACCCUUCACUCCUCGUGUUAUUUCAAAUAAACCCUUAUUUGACUUAGAUUCACCCUAUUUUCACGAAAAAUUAUGUGUUGGAAAGCUAAAUAAUGGAGCUGAUAGAUACAUCCUUUGGGUCCAUCCAUCACAUCAUUUUACUAUAUUCAUCAGAUUACUCGAUCUCGUCUUUUCCUAGCUAGAGUCAACUCCGAGGG